AUGACUGCGUGCGUCUAUACUCUCGUUCCUUUGCAAAGUCAAGCUAUCCAGUCGCGCGCAAUGAGCGGGUUCGAUGACUUCUAUCACCCGCAGUACUAUUCCCUGCCGGCUUCAAAUCGAGACCACGAUCACCCGCAAACCGUUCAAGAUCCAGAUGGCGAUCCCGUGGUGACAUCGUCUCUCAUGGUCUAUUCCCAAUCAGGCGCGUAUGAUUUCGGUCACUAUCAGAAUGUGUACGAUCAGUCGCAAGAGCCCAGUGUGUUCCGGGACGGCAUUCCAAGUACAAGCAGCAGCAUCAACACAGGACAUCCGACACAUGCGAAUCAGAUGCAGACGCAGAGCCAGCAAUCUUCCCACCAUGUGGGCUAUCCAGCACAGGGAUCGAAUCUGGAAGGUCGCCUGUCAAAUGUUAACAUCUCUUAUGAUCCCUGGUCCGGCGCAGAGACUUCAAUGCUCAUGAACCCACAUGCGAGUAGUGCAUUUCCAUACGACUUCGCCAAUGCGUAUUCAAUGCCUCCGCAAUUAACUUCACAGCACAUGGGUCUGAACCCUCAGUCGACCUAUUCCACCCUUCAGACGCAAACACCGGCUCAAAACACAUAUUGGGGAAUGGACGGCUAUCGUGCUCCACAACAGGACGAACCCGUAUCACAAGGACAGUAUCAAAAUCGUCAAGCAUAUCCUCAGACAUAUGCUCCUCAGCGGACGUUGCAAUCGAGGGCUAUUCAGCCAAAAAACCAACCAUUCCAGGACAGUUUUCCGUCCAAAGUAAAAUCCGAGUCGCACUUUGAGGCCUCACCUUAUACUAAUAUCUAUUCAACAAGUGGCUUUGAUAUUCUGGGUGUUCUGGCUCGCGUAAUAUCGAGACCAGACCCGAAAAUCAACAUCGGUGCCGUCGAUCUAUCCUGUGCAUUUGUGCUCUGCGAUAUGACCCAAGCUGAUCACCCCAUCGUGUAUAUGUCAGAAGCCUUUGGGCGGUUAACAGGAUACUCCGAAGAGGAGAUCAUUGGCCGGAACUGUCGUUUUCUCCAAGGUCCCGAUGGAAACGUAGAACCUGGGGCACAGCGAAAAUUCGCCGACUCUAACACGGUUUACCGGAUGCGAACAACCAUUGAAGAACGAAACGAGACCCAAGUCAGUGUGAUCAAUUACAGGAAAGGGGGGCAGCCAUUUAUGAAUUUGGUUACAAUGAUUCCUAUACGUUGGGAUACGAACGAGUAUCGAUUUUAUGUUGGUUUCCAGGUCGAUUUGGUGGAGAAGCCGGAUGCUGUCACCAAGAAGAAUUCAAAUGGGACCUACAUGAUCAAUUACCAACGCAGUCAGUUACCCAACUACGUGGUGCCUCAGCCUGACAUCCGCCAAAGCCAUCCUGAUCUGGUGGUGCAAUUUGACCAUGAUCAAGUGUCUGCCAUUUUGCGCUCAAUUAGCGCUUCUCGACCAGAAUAUAAACACUACCUCGAUCGAAUCCUUGUCGAGAACGCAGAUGACGUGAUCCACGUUUUAUCUUACGAUGGGGUGUUCCUCUACCUUUCCCCGUCAUGCCAAAAAAUUCUGGAAUAUGAGUCCGUCGAGUUAGUCAAUAAGACAUUAUCAUCAAUCUGCCAUCCCAGUGAUAUUGGCACCGUCACUAGGGACCUUCGGACCAGCAUCACCACAGCCCCGGUGAGCGUGGUGUAUCGAAUUCGCAAAAAGCACAGCGGUUAUGCUUGGUUCGAGAGCCAUGGUGCAUGGCAUGUGGAGCAAGGUCGAGGACGAACGUUCCUUGUUUUGGUCGGAAGAGAACGUUUGGUGUAUCAUCUCGGACAAGUCGCCAGGUUAGGGAGUGAGGCCCUUGGCGAGACAGAUGUUUGGGCGAAGAUAUCUGCGUCAGGGAUCAUUCUGUAUAUCUCCACAAAAGCACGACCGGUUCUGGGCCGAACACAGGAUGACCUAGUCGGGACGAGUUUCAAAGACUUGUUAGGCGCGGAAAGCCACUCAGAAGUGCAACAGGCUUUGCAGAACUCCCGCAAUGGUCAACGAACAAUGUUUAACCAUCAAGUCCGUCAUAAGAAGGGUCAUAUGGUUCAGGCGCAGACGGUUCUAUUUCCUGGUGACACAAAAGAAGGCACCAAACCUUCAUUUCUUGUCGCCCAGAUACGGGUUCUGAAAUCAUCGCAGUCGUCUAGCGAGGAGCCUAUGCCAACAGAGACGACAACGUUAAUACCAGCUAGGAAUCGACCGAGGUCAAGCACAGACCAACAACAAAACCUUGUCAACGCCUCAAGUGCAAACCACUUACCCCCAGACAACCAAUUCACAUCCCCCACAGAACAAAUCACAAUCUUCCCCGAACUCAUCCCAACCCGCGGCUCAAGCUGGCAAUUCGAGCUCCGCGAGCUCGAAAAACGAAACCGCGGCCUCUCCGACGAACUUCAGCGACUACUCACCCGGAGAAAGAAGCGCAAGCGGAAGCAAACGUCAAUGCCAGUGGGCAAGAGCUGCGUCAUAUGCCACACAAAGAACACGCCGGAGUGGAGACGGGGGCCGAGCGGGAAUCGGGAUCUGUGUAAUAGUUGUGGGUUACGGUGGGCGAAGCAGGUGAGGAGUGCGGCGCAGUUGGAGAGAUCGGAAUCUGGUUGA